AUGGUCGCCAUGUCGGAAGCCUACCUUCGCCAGGCGCAGAAGGCGAUCGACCAGGGACGGCAGAGCUCGGAGAGGCUGGAGAUCUCCCACGGGCGCCUGGAGCUCAUAUCGGUGGAGCUUGACAAGCAGGCCCAGCUCACGGGCCAGCUGCGAUUGCGAAUCAAUGGCAUGCAACGAACGCUGCAGUCGUACAAAUCUCGAAGCAACGAGGUGAACGAAGCGCUGCAGGCGAUCUUUGAUACGCUCAAGACGCGCAGUCUCGAAGAGGGUCUUCUCACGAGCCAACAUUCCAACCUCUACGAUUUUGUGGAUAGCCAAAGUGUACAAAAGCUGCAGCGGCAAGCCGUGCAGGAAAUUCGAGAGAUGGAGAAAUUGCAUAGGAAUGUAAAUACGAUCAUGCAAAGUGUAGAUACCGCUUUCAAAGGACUCAAGGCUGCUGCUGACGCCGCCGAGAUUCGAGUCGAUUUCCGCUUGUCGUACCCCACAGAAAAGACAUCGCUUCAGUUGAACGAAGCCAACGCCAUGUCCGCCAUUUCGCUUUCCAUCGCCUCGCACUGCGAUCAGCUCCGCCACUUGCUCCAGAGUCGAGCGGGCCCCAAGCCCCGAUAUGUUGACCUGACCGGCAUCCGCAAGCGGGCGGAGCAGCUCCCGAGUUCGCUCUCCCUGGCCUACAAUCGGCUUCAACGCAUCCAAGAAUCGACCAAGCAAAUCGAAGACAGAUGCCAGAAGUACGCCACAACGUUCCAGCGGGCGACGCAGGUCUUUGCGCAAUUCGAACAGUUUGGCGUCGACGUUCAGGAAAAACGAGAGAACUUUUUCGAAUUCUACGGCCGCUACCUGCCCCAGAGCCUGUGCCCGUCGGUCAUGGAAAACGCGCCGCGCUAUGAGAUCUAUCCGCUCCACUUCACCACGGCUCUGCCCCUGCUGGGCGGCAGGAGGCGGAGUGAGGACGAGCAGGCCGACGACGAGGGCGCCGCCGCUGGCGACGUCGAUGGGUCGGACCACCACGACCCCGGGCCGGAGAGGUCGCCAACGUCCGGAGAGAAGCAGGAGGCCAAACACGCCCGGGGCGUGGCCAAUUAG